GUGACAUAGUAAAGGCAUCUGGACCCGGCCCACAAGAAGUGUCGACCUUUCUGUUUGCCCCCACCCCACCCCACCCCCAAACAAAAAAUACACCCGACAAGACUGGAGAAAUGCUGACUGACAACAGGAAACGACACCGUAGCUGCAACAGCGAGGAGGACCAGCAGCUCAGCUCUCAGGCCAAGAGGUCAGGAGGGGGACCCAGCCUGCUUGUGUCAGAUUUGGACUCAGAGUCUUCCAGCAGUGACAGCAGUAACGGGAUCAGUAGUCCAGAGAGAGCAAUAGUGGUCACUACCAGGCCGUGCAUACACAGCCAGAACAACUGCAUCGCCCAGCACGCCCUCAGCCCAAAGCCUGAAGACUCUGCCAGCUCCAUGCAGCACGGUUUCCACGGCAACGGCAGCAGUAUCUCUUACGACCACAUCAACAGAGUCCUGAGGGAGGCGCACUUCAGCAGUCUACAGACCAGAGAGCGCCCGGGCUCGACAUGACUGUGACCUCUGGCCCUUCUCCUGACCUUUUGUCCCUCACCCAUCGGUGCAGACGCUGCCGGCACGGUGGCUCCUCUUUGAAAGCCUCAAGCGACACACUCGGGUCAGGGGGGAGGGGAUGUCGUGUGGGGAGGUUUACAGAAUUUGGGCACAAAGGCUCAUCCCCACCUCGCCAUGUACCAUUUGUUGAAACCAUAAGCACAUCCGCCUUUCCAUGGCCCAGCCACUGUGGUUUUCUGUGCAGUAUUGAUGUGUAAGUGUGUUUGUGUGAGUGCAUGUGUGUGCACGCACCCUGUGCACUUUAUAAAGAGUUAUCAUUCUCUUUACAUGCGUGCAUCGAUGUGUGGACAUUUUCAUUGGUGCUAAUCACAAGAGAAGUGUGAUGAUGAUCCAAAGUGCUUGCAAAACUAAAUAAAGCUCAGCACUUUACUCAAUAACUCCUCAUUCUGUUUACUCUUGACGGGGGAAGGCACUCACACGUUUGUAUCUGUGAAUUGGGAGUUGUGAUCCCCUUCACCAAAUAAGUUGAUGGAGGCCAACUGAUUCACUCCCAAGGAGCACUAUUAAAAUCCAUCUAGUUUAAAAGAGUUUAGGCCUUUUCUGUUUUCUCUAACCAAAGUAAUAAAGUUAGAGUAAACUGUAUUUUGCAGUUAUUUUCCCUAUCUAAAAGCUAAGGUGUGGCAGGUCAGAAGGUUCAAGUUAAUGGAGCAGUGGUUCUUGAUGAGGCCCACCAACCUCAGAUUGAACCCUGGCUAAUUCCAGAGCUGAGAGUUGACGCAGCAGCCCGCUGCUCCGCUAGUUCACUCAGCACAGUGCAUCUAACAAAUCAAGCCCCUGAGAAAAAAGGCUGUCUAAAGGAAUUCAGAACCAGGUUUUACUUCUUUAGCAUCUAACAUGUGUAUGAGCGUGUCAUAAGACUGUCAGCCAUACUUGUUUAUGGGCGGUUUAAUAUGACCAGUACACUGUGUUGCAAAUAAAGGAGGUGUGAUGAUUCAUAUUUUGUGUAAUGUUCCAAAUCAUUUGACAUUGAAAUAAAGUGUUAUUGGAAGUGA